UUCUUCAAAACUUACGAUAUAUCAAAUGAAAUUAUUGAUGAAAACUUUAAUAAAGAAAAUAAAGAGGAUUUUGAAAUAACUGAUGCUAGUGAAGAAGAAAAUAAUGAUAAAUUAAUAGAUAUGAAAGUUUCACAAGCUAGAACUAUAUGGUAA